AUGUUGAGUCACGUGGCACAGAAGGCGUGUCCAAACAAGUCAAACGCUUCCGGUGCUGCUCCUCCCAAUACCGGACGAACAGGAUUCCGACGAGGAGAAGAUGAGACGUACGAUUGUGUCACUCUUGGUCUAAUGGUGGCCACGUGUCUAUUAACAAACGUGCUCUGCGUAUUGGCAGCUUGGAGCGUUUGGCUGGCUGCUGUGCAGACCGUCAGCUUGGCUAUAGCUAGCGAAGGGGUUGUAGAUGACAACGACAUUCUUGUAGACAAUGGAGGUGGGCUGCGAGUCGAGACUAAGGAGGGAGGCGACGAUAGACUGGAAACUGUUGACGACGAGAAAGAGAGACAACUGGAGACAGAGAAGUCUGAUCAGGAUGAUAAAGAAGUAGCAGAAAGCUCCACGUCUCCACUGGAGACAUUUGUUGAUGCUUCUUCUUCUGAAGCUGAUUCUGAAAGUGACAAUGUUGACGUUACUGAUUCUCCUAUUGAAAAUCGUUCAGGAUCAGUUUCAGAAAAAGGAAACUUAUCUCAAAAUGAAACUUCACCUGAAGUUUCUCCUGAGGAGGGAGGGAGAAAUCAAGAAGAGGGAGAAAUAUCAUCAUUGGAGGAGUUCAAACGUAAAAAGAUGCAAGAAGAACAACAAAACAAACGAACUCUUGAUUCUGCUCAUUUAAAGUCAGUUAAUGGAAACUGUAAAAAGACAAAGAAAAAAAGCAAUAACUAUGCAUCAGUAGAUUGCGGAGCAGAAGUUAUUGAGGCCAAUGCCGAAGCAGUGAGAUGGGGAGCCAUUUUGCAAGAGAACAGAGAUGACUACAUGCUCAAUCCGUGCUCAGCACACAUCUGGUUUGUUGUCAAGCUGUGUGAUAUAAUUCUGGUCGAUACUAUUGAAAUGGCCAACUUUGAGUUGUUCUCGUCGACGCCUAAGAGUUUCCGGAUUUAUGUGAGUGACAGAAAUCCGACUUCCGAGUGGAAUCUUCUUGGAAUUAUUGAAGCCAGAGCCGAUCGUGUGGUGCAGAGUUUUCCAUUUGAUGAACGUGUGUAUGCAAGAUUUAUCAAAGUGGAAGUUGUGUCUCACUUUGGUCAUGAGCAUUACUGUCCGAUCAGCCUGUUCAGGGUGUUGGGAUCAACAAUGGUCGAAGAGUAUCAAGACCACGAAGAGGAAAAUGCAGCAGAGCAAGAUGCAGAAGAGAAAAAUAUGCCCAUUAUUGAAAGAAAAGAGGAACGUUGUUCUCCCGAUGAAGGCUUUCUCACCUUAUUUACUAAUGCAAUGACUAGGUUUUUAUAUGCCUUUCUACCGCUUGGAACAGCAAACAGGCAAGAGAACAAAAGUGAACAUGUAGAACACGAAGAACGUGUUGCUAUAAAUAGAAGCACUAAUGAAACAACAGCUCAAGUGAAUGAAACCAGUAAGACAGAGCAAACCCCAGACUCCACAUUGAAACCAGAGCCGUUUCAGAACUCUGAGAACGAUAAUACGACUCGAGAUAUUCAAGAUAUAAAGACUAAUGACGGCGAGAGUGCAGAAAUGAAUACAACCGAUAAUGUACCAAAUGGAAGCAAAGAUUACGGAGUUGAUGAACUGGCCGAGAAGCAGGAAAAUAAUGUCAGUGAUAGCCAAGUAGAGACCAACGUACUGGAUGAGAGUAACAGUGAAGAUAAGCAUGUUGAACACUCACAAGUUGAGACACAACAUUCGACUGCCACUGUUCUCGAUGUCGGUGCCGUUACCAGUGAGACCACAAACGAACAAGAUGUGAUCAACGAAAAGCACAAUAACGUGGGCACAAAUGAUGUUCAUGUGAAAUACGGUGAAGCUACGUUCAAGGAAGAUCUCCCUCAAAACGACUCACCACCUCCAGUUCCAAUAGGCAAUCGUGAAAACGAGGAAGUUAAUGUGACUGUCACUGGAACUGGUAACGACAGCCACGUGGCAUUGUCUGGUGAUAGGAACUCACCACAAUCACUCGAUUCGAAGUCAAACCAGACGUCGUUUGAAACAGCUCUCGUUGCCGCCUCUAACAACACUGCUACCAAUCAAAGCACGUCGUCGCCUCCUCAGAAUGAUGUGAAUACGGUGGACCAGCCGGUUGGUUCGUCUAAAAAUGUGUCCACGCUAGAUGUGCCGAGUGCGGUCAAUGGAUCGGGCGUCUUACCCUCGCUGAACCAACAGGCUCAGAAGGAGUCGGUAUUCAUUCGUUUGGGCAACAAGAUCAAGAACUUGGAGACGAAUCUGACACUUAUCAGUCACUACUUGGAAGAGUUGGGACUAAACUUGAAAAAGUUCAAGAAGAACUCGACCGACAUGCAGAAGGCAUUCGAAAAGAGACUGAGCCAACUGAACGAUUCGGUCAUGCAACAACAGAAAGUGCUUGUGAUGCAGACACAGCACCUCGAAGGACUGCACUACCACGUCUCCGUGCUAACCGAUCUUGUCAAGGACUUGGGUGCCGAGCUGCGAGACUUUCGACCACAAAUGUACCUCACACACGGUGUAUUGAUCAUCUUUGAGUUGAUGUUGGCCGUCGUGUUUGUCAUUACCUUGUUGUGGUUCACUCACAGAGAAAUACAGAUCUCUUUCCGUCAUCUCCAGAAAACGGUUCUUAGUCAAUCGGUUCCUCUUUCCAAUGGCUCCGUUAGAAGCUUUACGCAUCUGUAUCCUCAAAACAGCCAGAGUCAACUUGGACAUCCUAUUGAGCCGAAGGACAGUGGAUUUGUUGAAUUGUCUGCCUCACAAGUGUCUAUAGGACCAAGUUGUAAUACGAAAGCUCAACGAGUCAUGAGUAUUCCUAAUGUCGGCGAUGUGGAUUGCUCUGCAAGGCUGAGAGUUCAUUCCAACAGACCCAUUCUUACCGACCUGUUGCAAUCUCGGCGAAACUUUGAGCAGCUGAUGCCUCCGUCAACGCAAAGGCUACUACACUGUCUAACAGACAAACGUGACAAGACGACUAGUGGAAAAGGCAACAGAUCUUGUGGUGUAACAGAAAGCGAUAGUUUUGUAGCCACACAGACAAGAAAUCCGACUAGUAAAGAAGAGUCAUCUAGCUGAUAAAUAGAUAUAUAGAAUUCUCUACAGAUAUUGAAAAAUGGGCUACAGUAGCCACGUGUACUGAUUAGGAUUGAGAUUGAUUAUUGAUAUUUUGUUCAAAAUAGAUAUUUGGUGAGCAGUC